GUGGUUACUCACCGUCACCAAAAGUUUGGCGAUAUCAACAUCAUCAUUUCGUCACCAACUACAAAAAAUUUCGAUGUCUAGUACCAUUAACUUAUGGUAUUUUGUAUCAUUAAUUAAUGGUAUCUUGUAUCAUUAACUAAUGGUGUCUAGUAUCAUCAAUUUGUGAUAUCCCGUACUAAUAUUCUGUAGUUGUCGUUUUUGUUGGCAACGUUACAAGUUGAACAUCUUUUAAAUCGGUUUUCUACCUCACUUCCUUCUGACACCCAACAACAUGGCGUCUCUAGUGGCAACAGCCGUCAAAAUGGCCGGUGGCAACGAUCGCUUUGAUGACACGAUAACCGACCGAGUCAACCACGUGACUACAACCGCCAUGUUGGUUGUCAUGGCGACGCUGGUGACGACCACAAAUUUUGUCGGUAAUCCGAUCGAAUGUUUCGUACCGAAAGAGUUGAGCAAGACGCACGUUCAGUAUUUUAAUACCCUAUGCUGGAUCAACGGAAUGUACAACGUAUCGUUCGAUACCGAAUACAUACCGUCGGCUCGGAGAAACGGGGGCAGGAAAGCGACGAUCCUGUACUAUCCUUGGAUACCACUGAUCCUGUUGGGCAUGGCUCUUAUGUACUCGCUCCCAUGCCUCGUCUGGAGGUCGUUUCAGGCCAAGUCAGGAUUUGACGUCAGUAACUUCGUCGAUUACGGGUUCAAGGUCAGUUCGCCGAAGAUCAAGAAUGACGUCAGAGAUACCCUGCUCGAUCACAUGACUCUCCAGUUUGAAAGGUACUUGAGCCACAGCAACAAGUCUCAAUCGCUCACCUCUUUCAGCAGCGACGAUCGCAACGACUACAGCUACAGUCGCCAGUCUAAAUGGACAAUCAGUUUCAAGCACCUCUUCACAAAAACUUGCUUCAAGUACAUCGGCCACAAACGACUGAAUUACUUCUCGGCUCUUAAAAUUUUGGUGAAAUUUCUCUACGUAGUCAACUCGAUAGUUUUGAUAUUCCUGCUGGACGUCGUGCUCGGAGUAAGCUUCCACAACUACGGCACCGACAUCAUCAAAUCACUCUUCGCGUGGAACUUCAGUAAAACUUUCCGAGGAGUGGAAGACGUCAGGCGCACGAAGCAGUAUUGGAAGUUGAACGAACUGGACAGGCAGCUGAACCACCACCAGGAGAUAAGAUUCCCGAAAGUGACCAUGUGUGACGUGAAGGUUCGGUGGCUGGCCGUCGUCAACACGUACAGCGUCCAGUGUGCCCUGCCAAACAAUCUCUUCAACGAGAAGAUAUUUUUAAUUCUCUGGUUCUGGAUGGUCUUCGUAGCGGCGUUGAACAUUGCUUCGCUGAUCCGCUGGGUGCUGAAGAUCAGUGUUGGCAAGGACAGGUACAACUAUGUCAAGAACCUUCUCCUCCUCUCUGGUCUCAUAUCUCAUAAGUCAAAGCCAGACCAAAAGUCGAAACAACAUUUCGACAUAGACGCCACUUCUAACAUCUCAAAAGCGAGCGACUUGAGCGACAUGAACGCAAACAGCAGCAGCAGCAGCAACAACAUCUACGACAAACGCACUGCAACCACUUCAAACACGGCAUCAGCCAGCAUCUCCAACGCAAAACGACCACUCACGAGAUUAGUGAACAACAACCCCAGCAGUAGCAUCGAGGACAACACCUCCUUUAUCUCAACCAUCCUAACGAACCAGCAACUGAACGAGCGAAUGCUCUUGCUGAAGUUCGUGAAGGAGCACUUGGGUACGGACGGGGUCCUCCUUCUACACAUUCUCGAUCAGGCCACAAACACCAUUGUCGCCAUGGAGAUGGUCGAGAAGCUUUGGAUCAACUUCCGCGAGAGGUACGAGACGAUUCUGCAGCAGCAAGAAGACAUCACCCAUCAGAAGUACUUGAAGCAGCAGCGUGUGCACCGCGUCUGACCAUCCAUUCAUUCACCAUUCGGCCGUCUUCAUAAAUCACUCACUUGUUCUCGAGUUGAAUCCAUCUUCAUUGCCCACUCGCUCGCUCUUAAGUUGCCUUUAAAUGGAAUGUAAUAAUAAUGUCGAUAGACGAGUUGUUAUUCAAGUCAGUCUUUAUUAUUUGAAGCAUCUCAUCUUUAUGUAAAUUUCUAAACAUCUCUAUGUACCUAACAGAAACAUUACAGUAGGAAUUCAUUAUUCGUCCGUGUGUGUUUGUAUGUUUGUGCGUGUGUUUGUAUGUGUGUGCGUGCAUUGUGUAUUCGUAUAUGAUAUAAUACCAUGCAUGUAAUACGUGCUUGUAUUUUUACUAGUAUUAAUAUGCAAAAAGGAACAUGACUGUUCUGCCGAACGCCAGCGAGGUUGUUUCGCUACUAGGAGAAAGUUGUUUCCCUAUGUAUGUAAUACUGAAUUUGCUUAUACGUUUACAUGUGUAUGUACAUGUACAAU